AUGUCCACUUCCUACAGUGCUAAAAGUGUCUACGGAGUGAAUUCCACAUUCUCCUCAGAACCUGCGAUUUCGUCCGAUAUUUACAAACUUUCAAAGAAAGUAGAAAAGACAGCAAGUCUCGGUUCGCAGAAAUCUCAAAUAAAUGGUAGAAGCGAUUCUAGUGAUAGCGGCAGCGAAUCUAUUGGUGGAACAAUCUAUUCGAAAGAAUUUUCUGGAGCGAAAAAAUCCUCGCAAGGCUCCCUAACACUUGGAAAAAGUCCCAAAUCACCUGUGGCUGCAAACAAUAGGCAGGAUACGGAAACAUGGCCGGAUUUAUCAAUAGCUUGUAUUGAUUACGAUGACGCUACGCUAUUCAAUAAGGAGGCUGUUCAAGCGGAUAUGUACACCAACAUCUUCGAGGAUCUUCUCGACCACGAAAGAAGCGCAGCGAGAGAUUUCCGGCUAGUGUGUGAAUGUUUGCCACGAUUGAUCGCACCGUUUCUGGAAAGUUCUGGAGUGGUGGUACAAUUAUCGAAGAAACUUAAAGAUUUGAAAGAUGCGCAAAGUACUUUUUUGGAGGAUAUCAGCAGCAUGGAGAAUCCUUCACAACUUGCUCAACGUGUACUUUGUAUGACUCACAACAUCCUGCCGAUCCUGACGUCGUUACUGGAACAGUAUCCGAUCUAUAUAGCAGCCCUCGAUCAGCUCGCUAAAAGCAAUCAAGAAUUCCGAGCCGCCAUGACAAACCUUGAAGAGUCAAGUCAGUGCUAUAUUCCUCUUAACUGGAUUCUUUUAAAAAUUCUUCAUCGAAUAAUUGCUUGGCGGCCAAUCCUUACACGAAUGGUUGAAUGGCAACUUUCGGAAGGAGUCAAUGACACGGAUAUUGGUCCGGUUCGUGUCGCAUUAGAGAAAAUCUCACGUUUUGCAGAAAAUAGCUGUAAACAACGUGAAUCAAUUAGUGAAUUUGUUGCAUUACUGCAAUUAGAGUGCGAUACUGGAACGAAAGGAAUGCUUACUCAACCGAGCCGACGACUUCUUCGCUUUGGAUGGGUCCUGCGAUGGUCGCAACGAGGUCUAUCGCCGCGAAUGCUUCUCCUAUUCAGCGACGCAGUUCUACUCGCACAUCGCUCGACGGACACACCGUUUGCGAUCAGUGUAGAACUGAAAUUGAAGGGAUUAUUGGUAGAGGAUGGUGACUCGUUCAAUGUAACGGGACAACGUGAUGACGUAUUUACGCUGCAUAUGGGAAAAAAGUCAGUAAUUUUACUCAGCCCCGCAAAGGAUGAUUGGGUAAAAGAUAUUAGCACAGCAGUAAAAGAAGACGUUCGAAAUCGUCUUGACCUGCCAUCGAUUCAAAUCGAUAACCAUGAGAGGAAUUCAACUAUGGAAAAUGGUGAACCGCUUGAUGAUGCACAAGCCAAGGAUCGACCGAAGAAGCUUACCCCAUUACAAGUUUGUUGGCACAGGAAAUCGACGCUAAACAUUCAUCAGAUCCAUGAUAUUGUCGAGGUUUCCCAAUCCGGAUAUUUGCUUCGAAAAUUACGAAACUCAAAUGGAUGGCAAAAAUUAUGGACUGAACUCACAUCACAUACUCUUUUCUUUUAUAAGAUGCAUCAAGAUGACGUGCCGUUGGCAAAUUUGCCACUAUUAGAAUACAAAUUAUGUAUGCCAUCAGUAACCGAUCGUAUACAUCAUUCGAAUUGUUUCAAACUUGUCUACUCAAAUCACGAAUAUUUUUUCCGAACAAAUGGAUCUUAUUCAUUCCAGAGAUGGACGGAAGCCAUCCGAAAAGCAGCCAUCUCACAAACAGUGCCGGAUAUCGUCACAGCUCUUUCAUUAAGAAUUUGA